CAGACUCGUUGAGGAGGAGACACAUGAGUGAAGAGCCUCUCUCGGUGACGGCAGACAGCCUUUUUUUGUUUUGUUUUGUUUUGUUUUGUUUUGUUUUGUUUUGUUUUGUUUUGUUUUGUUUUUUUUACAUAAUUACUGAAACAUUUUCAGGUGCUGAGCUUAGCUUAAGUGGAUGUGUACGUCUCUGACGGCGGCGCGUGCGUACGGUUGGAACCAAAACGAAAAGAAAAAAAGUCUCAAAAUGACAACGGCAGACUUUUGGACGAAGUUUUUAUCCGUCCUCUCUUUUGUCUGAAUUGCUGCUGCAACUCUAAAGCUGACUGUUGAUCCCUCCGGUGUACCCAUUAAAAUGAAAAUACGUCGCUUUUGAACUUCACCUCAACAAGUGGAUGUGAUCAUCAACAGUCAAGUAAUAUUAUCUACAAGUGGGGAGCAGCCCAUGGACCUAAGUGUGACCCAGAGGUUGUUACAUGCAGGCCCAGAUUCGGCUAUGCUGGCCCCCCGCCCUCCCUUCUUCCUGGGACCCCUCACCGCUCAACAUUGCUCCCAGUUUUCCCAGCAACAUCUACAGUAUAACAUUGAACAAAGGCAAAGAGAGAUGGAGGAGGAGAAAAGAGAAGAGCUACAACAGCUGAUACGAAAGAAUAAAAAUGAGCAGAGUGCUGUAGCCAGUCCCCUGGUGAAGCAGAAACUUCGGGAACAUAUAAUUAUGAAGAACCAGCCCACACAUGACAGGGUUACUCCCAACCGCACCAGUCCUACACCAGGAUACAGGCUACAGGUUCCUGACAUGUCCCCAAAGGCUCAGCCUACACCCUGUGACCAACGCAAGGACCUCGCCCUACGCAGGACAGUCUCUGAACCCACUUUGAAGUGUAAGUUAAAGAAGCACAUCAGUACAAGGACAAACCCGCUGCAGCGUAAGAUCAGUGCCCCUCCUGCUGUCAAGCACAGGACUGAAGCUCUGGACUCCUCCCCCAGCAGCAGCAGCACCCCAGCAUCAGGGUGCAGCUCACCCAACGACAGCCUCCUUUCGGACAAUGGGGCCCUUCCAUUGACUCAUGAGGCUCAGAGACUGCUGCUGAAACAUGGUAAUUUGGCCCAUUUCACUUUGCCUCCCAACCCCACUGCCAUGCCCAACAUCACUGCUGGAGUGCCUGCACAGGCUGACCUGCGAGUAGCCAGGCCAUUGGCAGUAUCUGCCCUGCAUCAGGUCUACUUGCCUCUGGAAGGAAGCAGCUCAGCCCUGGCCCAGCGCCUGCAGCCUGUGCUCAUAUUGGAACCACAUACUGGACUCGUGCACCCCCAGUUUGUCUCUUUUCAAGGUUUGAGUUCCAUUCCUGUGCAGCAGCAGCCCCACCUGUCUUCCCCCUCCAGAAGAGAAGGCGUAAUCAACUUGCCCUCGCACAGACCCGUGGAACGAACGCGUUCAGAGCCACCGCCCUACAGCCACUCACCCUUUACUCUGCAUGCCAACCAGCAAACACACACUCAGCACCAGCUGCUUCAGCAAUUCCACAAGAGCGGACUGGAGAGGUUUAAGCAGAAUUCACACCUGAGCAAGCCGACAAGCAAGUCCAUUGAGAAGCCUCGUCUGACACAGAUUCCAUCGGAGGACAUGGAUUUGGAGGAGAUCGGCUCAGGAUCAGGUUCGGGGCCAGGGUCUGUGUGUGGCUCAGAUCUGGGCUCAGUGUGUGAGGACAGCCACCGCAGGAGACAGAGCACUGCGAGCACUGACUCAGUUUAUGGCACAGAGUCCACAACCUCCUCACGGGAGAGCUUGAUCGAACCCUCACAUUCCCUCAGUCAGAGGCAGGUGAUCCUCAGACCAGGUCCCCAGCUGGACCCCUUGAAUGUGCCUCCCCUAAUUUGGCCUCACCAGCCUCUGGUUCGGACCCGGUCCUCCCCAGCCUCUACUUCUCUGCCUCCUCCACAUCCGCCCACCACCAUACCUUCUCUGUCAUUGUCCAGUCCUGCUGCAGAUGUCCAGCUACGCUUCACCACAGGUCUGGUUUAUGAUGCUCAGAUGCAAAAGCACCAAUGUAGCUGUGGGGACAACAGCCGCCACCCUGAGCAUGCUGGGAGGGUUCAGAGCAUCUGGUCCAGACUGCAUGAAAGAGGCCUCAGGAACCAGUGUGAGCGUAUCCGCAGUAGGAAGGCCACCCUAGAAGAGCUGCAGUCAGUCCAUUCAGAGAAACAUGUGCUUCUGUUCGGCACCAACCCUCUCAAUCGCCUCAAGCUGGACAACCGCAAGCUGGCUGGAAUCUUAUCUCAGCGGAUCUUUGUGAUGUUACCGUGUGGAGGAGUUGGGGUAGAUAUCGAUACGGUCUGGAAUGAACUUCACACAUCAGCAGCUUCCCGUAUUGCUGCGGGAUGUGUCACAGACCUGGCACUUAAAGUAGCACAAGGAGAGCUAAAGAAUGGCUUUGCAGUGGUGAGGCCCCCUGGACACCAUGCAACCCACUCCUCCCCUCAGGGCUUCUGUUUCUUCAACUCUGUGGCCAUCGCUGCCAAGCAGCUCCAGCACAAACUCAACGUCAGCAAGAUCCUCAUCGUGGACUGGGAUGUUCACCAUGGCAACGGCACCCAGGAAGCUUUCUAUAGUGACCCCAGCGUCCUGUACAUCUCUCUGCAUCGCUAUGACGAUGGCAACUUUUUCCCUGGUAGUGGACAUCCCAGUGAGGUGGGUACAGGUGCAGGUGAAGGCUUCAACGUGAAUGUGGGAUGGACAGGAGGUUUGAACCCUCCUAUGGGAGAUGCUGAGUACCUAGCAGCUUUCAGAGCCGUGGUGAUGCCCAUAGCCCACGAGUUUUCCCCUGAUGUGGUGCUGGUGUCGGCUGGCUUUGAUGCUGUCGAAGGACAUUCGUCAUCACUGGGAGGCUACAAGGUCACAGCCAAGUGUUUUGGCUUCCUCACCCGUCAGCUCAUGUCCCUGGCUGGGGGUCGGGUGGUGCUGGCUCUGGAGGGGGGGCAUGACCUCAAAGCCAUUUGUGACGCCUCUGAAGCCUGCGUCAGCGCCUUGUUGGGCAUGGAGGUGGAGCCCCUGUCCCAGUCCAUCUUGGACCAGAGACCUUGUGAAAACGCCAUCCAGUCCCUGCAGAAAGUCAUCCAGGUUCAGGGUGAGUACUGGCAGAGUGUGAAGGAUUCGGCCGCCACAGUGGAUCUGUCCUACCUGCAGGCUCAGAGACGACGGCUGAGACGAGACUCGGACAGCGAGGCUGUCAACGCCAUCGCCUCGCUGUCGAUGGGAUCCCUCAUGUCCGACAGGAAACAGCCAGAAAAACUGACAGAGAAAGGUGAUUCUCUCUAAAGAAAGACUCUCUUGACAGCUGCCUUCAACCAAGUCUCAGUGGACACAGACACACACACACACACACACACACACAGAGCUAUGCAUUUGGACCAUCAGUGGAACCAGAUGUCCUCCUCAGUUCAACCACUGUAUUCAUCGCCUCACAAGCACUCCUCCACCUGCAUUACUACUGGCUGCAGUCUGACCACUCUGAUUCAAACAACACACUGAGCAACAGCAUUCACCUGAACAACAAUCACGUUCUCAUGACUCCUCCGCGGGCUUUUCCUGAAGGGGACGUCACUCACUGAACUGAGAGAAAGUUGAAAAGAAAGACACCCAGAGGCAGAUUAAUGAAGGAUGUUCACUCUUGUAGCAUUUGAAGCCAGCAACAUGACGUAGCACGAGCGAGCAGCUCUAUGACUUUAAACAUUCACCUUCUUACCGACUCCCACAGGAUCCGCACGUGACCACUCGGGGCUGUUGUAACCUUGAAGUCGUGGUCAAAGGUCACCUCGGCUUACUGGAGCCGAUGGCUCAGAGCGUCCCCGCAGGACGUGCCUGUGAAGGAGAGCAGACACAUCCUCUGCACUUAAAACGCGUCCCGCUGUGAUGAUGUCAUUUGUCUGCAUCUGACAAAGAUCCAAUGAAGGAAAAGAUCUUCUCUGAUCGAUUUGCACUGUACUGUUCUGUAAUGUGAACUGGACGAGAUGGAGGAGACGGGUGUUGACAAUCAAACGUCUCGUUUGCUCAUAUUGUAAAUUGGUAUGAAUAUUCAUUCAUUCAUUUGACCUGUGGCAGACAUUUUUGUGUCAGCACAAGAUUAGUUCUUCUUUUUUUUUUUUUUGUUUAGGAGUCCAGUAAUCCAGAGUGAAGCUACAGUGAAGUCUGAGAUACAUAUGUUUCAUAUUGUUUUGUACGUCCACAUAUUUUCUUAAAUCUUUUUUUUUUUUCGUUCUUGGCCUGUCAGGCGAGCACAUGCAGCCAGGCUCUAGAUCGCCGCAGUUAUUGUCAUCGCUCACUGACAGAUAAAAGAAGACACGUCAGAAAUGCGUCUUAAAUGUGGAGACAUACUGUAGUUUGAAUCAGUGGCAUCAGUCACAUUGAAGAGCUAAUACCUCUAGUCACUGGAGUAUCGAUAUCAGGGGAGAGAGUUAUCGCUCUGAAAGACAUUCUUCACACGUCAGCAAAGACAGAAAUCACCCACGAUGCCUCGGUGCAGCUUGACCACUCAGAAAUGAUUGUACAUGUGACAGUGCAGAUCACAUCUUGGUUGAUUUUGACGUCUUGGAUGAGACUCGCAUCCAAAGCCACGUGGACUUAAUGACAAUCACACACACAAAGUGCACUUACGUUGCCCUCUGGAUUGGGAGGGUCAGAACGACUUGGGUCUUAACUUCGGAACUUUGAUCAUGUUUGUUAAGUGGACCAGAGUUUCUACCUGUGGAUGAGCAUUCCUGCUGUAUUUUGUAAAUUUCUUUUAUACAUUUAUUUCUUUUGUAGCAAGGAUACAAGGAUUAUUGUCCCUCGUUCGUCAUUUUAGUAAGCGCCGCUCUGUUUAUUGUCAGCGUCUGGGAUGUUUUGCUCCCCGGACCAAACAAGGACAUUUUAUCAGUUAGGAUGAAGCAGCAGUACUAAGAUAGUUGAAUAUCCACACAGUGCAAUUGGACACAGGUUAAGCGCAACCAAAGUUUAUGAGAACAAUGUGCCUUCCCUGGACUGGCAUGGCUUAAAGAACUUCAAAGACUUUUGAAGAGUUUGUGAAUGUUUCUUUUUUUUAUAUCCAAACAGUUGAACAGCACCAAAAGCACAGGAUGGAUAUAUAAACAAAUUCAUUUCUCAAAAAAGAAAAGAAAAAAAAACCCAAAACUACACGGCUUCUAUUUAUACAUUCAGAUUCUGUGUCUUUGAAGUGCUCUUUGCAUGUCUAACACAAUUUUGACGGUGCUAUGUUAUUUUUUUAAUACGUUUAAUAUGUUUUUCUCCGUUUCUUUCUUUCUUUACGUUGCAUUUUGCAUGCAACUCAAAACCUGUCAAAUCUUCGUUAAUCUAAUGACAAUGUGAAAACACGUGACGGAGAGACACAGCUCCACAUCAUGUAGAACAGUCCUACAGAGGAGGGUCGCUGUGCAGAGUUUUAGGAGAACGUCCGUGACGGCGAUCGGACUUAUCUCAUGUCUUAUCUUUUGUCUUCAUUCAAGGCAAAUGACUUAUUUUUGUAUGUGACCUUAAAAAUGAAUCCCGUGCGACCAAAUUAUCAGCCCGUGUGCCUUGAAGCGUCAUGCUGACCAACCUGUGUGAAGGUAGCCUCAACGAACUGGAUCUUAAUUAAAACUGCAGGACAAGUCCAGUUUUAUUAGAACUGUCUGAUUUUCUUUUUUCCUGUACAGUGUACAAAAUGACUUUAUUUUGUUUUUUGUCUGUCCUUUUGUCUUUUCUACUAUUUUUGUUUCCCCAUCCCAAAAAAAAAUCCUUAAUAAAGGUAAAUUAUAUACA